AUGGCGGAUUCCGUUGACUCAGCGCUGAAGUCCUCAUCAGACAUUAAAUCCGUACAAGCGCAAUCCUCUCCCGCGACCGACACCACCCCCUCGCAACAGACCCAAACCCUCCCCAUCCGCGAGUCCAAGAGCGCAAAGUCCCCCGCACCGUCGGAAAACCAAACUGGCAAGAACAAAGAUGCCUCCAAGCCCCCUGCAGCUGGUGCUGAUGCUGCUGUCCCUGCGGGCGCGGACAAGCCACUCACUCCCGCGGAACUGAAAAAGAAGGCCAAGGCAGAGAAAGCUGCUCGGCGCGCGAGGGAAAAGCUUGCUAAGGAAUCCGGUGGAGCUGGUGCUGCUGGCAGCUCAGCUCCUGGUCCUGGCCAGGGCCGUCCUCCGGCGACGCCAAAGAAGGAUGCUGCUGGUGGAGGCGCAUCGCAGAAAGGGCAAAAGGCCGCGCAGCCCCGCCGUGGAUCUGCCCCUACCGGCCAGACUGCUGCUGAUGAGCCGACGAAAAAGGAGGAUAAGAGUGUUGCUGUCUUCGGACAUCUUUACGGCCAGCCGCGUCGGACGACUAUCGCUGGUGCUGGCAAGGAAGUGCACCCCGCCGUCCUGGCUUUGGGUCUGCAGCUCCGGGACUACGUUGUAUGCGGCAGCAGUGCUCGCUGCGUUGCAACCCUGUUGGCUUUCAAGCGGGUCAUCGAAUCCUACACUACUCCCCUCGGCACCUCGCUCUCUCGCCAUUUGACAACCCACCUCUCACACCAAAUCACAUACCUCUCGACGUGUCGACCGCUCUCCAUCAGCCAGGGUAAUGCUAUUCGUGCAUUGAAGCUGGCUAUCGCCUCUGUCGACCCCUCCACCCCCGAACUGUCCGCCAAGGCCACCCUCUGCGAGUUCAUCGACAACUUUAUUCGAGAGAAAAUUACUGUGGCUGAUCAAGUCAUUGCUGGAAGCGCCGCUCAAAAGGUUCAGGAUGGCGACGUGAUCGUCACGUUUGCCGGCAGCUCCAUUGUCAAGCAGACUCUUCUCACAGCACACAAGCAAGGCAAACGGUUCCGUGUCUCAAUCAUCGACUCGCGCCCGCUUUUCGAGGGCAAGAAUCUUGCUCGGGCCCUCGCCAACGCUGGCUUGGAUGUGCAAUACUCUCUCGUUCACGCAAUCAGCCAUGCUAUUAAGGAUGCUACCAAGGUCUUCCUCGGUGCACACGCCAUGACCAGUAACGGCCGCCUUUACUCCCGGGUUGGAACUGCUCUAGUUGCCAUGUCCGCCAAGGAGCGUGCUGGUGGCGUCGAGGUGCCCGUCAUUGUCUGCUGUGAGACGGUCAAGUUCACCGACCGUGUUGCCCUUGACAGCAUUGUCGUCAACGAGAUCGCCGACGCCGACGAGCUGGUCUCGGCUCAACCUCUACAGCAAGUCACCGGGCUGGUUGAUCCAGUAGCCCCCGCAAAGCCCGAUAACAAGAAGGGCGGGAAAGCUGCAUCCAGUGCCCCGAAACCCGACCCUUCCGCCUCUUCCCUCAACCCUUCCUCUUCGCCCCUUUCCAACUGGAAAGAAAACCCUAAUCUCCAACUACUCAACAUCAUGUACGAUGUCACGCCGGCCGAGUACGUGGACAUGGUAGUUACCGAAAUGGGUAGUCUGCCACCCAGCGCGGUUCCCAUUGUCCACCGUAUGAGUACGAACCUGUGA